UAAGCUGUCAGACUUGUACUAUACAGUCAGCUGAGAACACACACACACACACAUAAUGGACAGGCUAUGGGGAUUGCUGCUAUUCUGUUGUCUCUCUACUGCAUGUGGAUCUCUGGUCAGAGAUAAGAUCACACAGACACCAUCCUUCAUCUCUGCAGAGGCCGGCGAUGACCUUCAUCUUACGUGUGUCUUCUCUUCUCAAGAAAUGAACACUGGUAUUCUGUGGAUGAAACAGUCUGUUGGAGAGGAGCCUGUGUCCAUCGCCUCACAUUACCCUCCAAAUACUAAUUUCUACAAUGAUUUUGACGAGAGCGGCCGCUUUAAACCAGAAGGUGGAGCGAACAGCUUUAAUCUGACAAUUUCCCAAACACAGACUACAGACUCAGCUACCUACUACUGUGGAUCUGUUUAUUAUGCUGAGGUGACUUUUGGGAAAGGAACGGUUGUAUUUGUCAAAGACAGGGACUCUGAUGACCAUGCGGUCAUUGAGCAGCUGGACUCAGUGUCGCCCCCCUCAGGCGGUAACGUGACGCUGACCUGCUCUGUCCACUCUGGGAGCUGUGCGGAGGAGCCCGGUGUGUUCUGGUUCCGACCCGCCUCAGGAGACUCACGUCCAGGAGUGGGUUACAGCAGUGGAGACAACAGCUGUGUGUACCAGUUGUCCAGGAGGAACCUAAGUCGUGAUGACGCACACACACACUACUGCGCCGUCGCUGCCUGCGGACGCAUAGUGUUUGGGAACGGGACACGGGUGCACGUUCAAGAUGAGUCCUGGGAGCCAAUCCCGCAGCUCCUCGUUGUGUCAUCGCUGGUCACAGUGCUGCUGAUGAGUCUGAUGGUGAAUGUGGGCUUCUGUGUGAGGGCGAGGCGGUCAGCCAGCCAAUCAGGUGUGUCUCUGUGUGUCACCUGUAAUUCUGUCAUCUCAGCACCUGGGAGCUCUUCAGCAGGUAGAGGACAGUGGGAGGAGGGUGGUGUGAGCUAUGCCACAGUGCAGCUGACUGCGGUUCAGAGAGACGCACAGCGGAGGCAAAACAACACACACACACACGGACAACACUCUACUCCGUAUUCCACCACCAGGACUGAAAGACCCACACAGAAUCAUACGGAACACAGGACCGAGACCACUCCGUAUUCUACCACCAGACACACACAGAACCACACACACACACACAGAACCAACUGUACUCCAUACUCUGCUACUAGAACGGGAAAACACACACAAAACCACACACACACACAAAACCACACAUACGCAUACCCACACACACAGAACCCCCUCUACACUCCAAUUCAGCACCAGACCAGGAAGUGACAUAAAAACAGAAUCCCCUCUACUCCCCAAGACAGGAUGUGACAUACUGUACAUGGAAGCCUCAUCGGCUACAAGGACAGGAAGACACAGGAGGUCACAUGACUCAGUCCCAGGAGUGUCUGAGCCCCGUGUUAUAGAGAGACCAAGUCAUGGGACCUACACUCUUAAAACGAAUGUGUUGAAAGCAACGCAACUUGCGUUGUUUUUAACACAUCUCUGUGUCCAGAUAGUAUUGUCUCCUUUACUUCCUUGUAGCAACAAAUGUUGUAAAUUUGAAUUGAAUAACCUUUGAUUUUAUUAGUUAGAGGGGAUGUCAUGCCAUACAUUUUUUUGGGAUAAUAUAAUUGGUUAAAGCUGCAGUUAGCAAGAUUUUUUUGAUCACAUUGACUGAA